UAGAAAAAAAGGUGCAAGGAACAAAACGAUCAUAUUCCAAUUUCACAAACAAUGCUACCUCUCAAUCUCAUCACUCUCACUCUCUCCAUUUUGUUGAGCUCCAUCGACGCCCACGUCUUCAUCUAUGGCGGCUGCUCCCAAGAUAAAUACCCUCCGAAUUCCCCAUACGAAUCCAGCAAAAUCUCCCUCCUCUCCUCCCUCGCCUCCUCCUCCUCCCGCACCCUCUACGACGCCAUCUCCAUCGCCAACGACACAGAUUCCGCCUCCUACGGCCUCUACCAGUGCCGCGGCGACCUCAGCCCCCGCGACUGCGCCUCAUGCAUCGCCGGCGCCAUCAACCAGGUCGCCGUGCUCUGCCCCGACACCUACGGCGCCAGCCUCCAGCUCGAUGCCUGCUACCUCAGGUACGAGCGCGCCGACUUUUUGGGGAGAUUGGACACCGGUUUGAGGUAUAGGAAGUGCGGCGUCGGCGGGAACGUGGACGGGGAGUUUUGGCGGCGGAGGGACGACGUGCUGGCGGAAUUGGAAGGGGCGGCGGGGUUCAGGGUGAGCGCCACCGGGGCGGUGGAGGGGUAUGCGCAGUGCCUGGGGGAUAUGGCGGCGGGGGAUUGCUCCGAGUGCUUGGCCGAGGCGGUGGCGAAGGUGAAGAUGCUGUGUGGAGCGGCGCCGGCGGCGGAUGUCUACUUGGCGCAGUGUUAUGUUCGGUAUUGGGAGUCAGGCUACUAUACUACCUCUUCUUCUUCCUCAGAUUCCUCAAACGGAGAUGACGUGGGAAAAACAGUGGCCAUAAUUGUGGGGGUGGUGGCCGGAGUCGCUGUUCUUAUUGUAUUUCUAUCAUUUUGCAGAAAAGCUCUUGGUUGAAUUCUGGAGACAAUAGUCACAAGAUCAAUAUAUAUAGCAGAUACCUGUGUAUGGAUGGAAAAAGGAAGCAUCUAUUGCAUGUAUUUUGUGUUGCUAUUAAGUUUUGCACGAAUUGUAUUUGUUGGUGUAGUUGGUUCUAUGAUUUGUUUAAAUUUAUUAAUUGCAUCCAAUGUUAAUGUGAGUCUAGAUAUACCAAGCUAAUGCUAUGUUGUUGUA